GUGUGCAGGUGAAGGAGCUGGUGCUGGACAAUUGUCGCUCAGAGGAUGGCAAAGUGGUCGGCCUCUCGUCAGAUUUUGAGAACCUCGAGUUCCUCAGCAUGAUCAACAUCAACCUGCUGUCCGUGUCCAACCUCCCCAAACUCAACAAGCUCCGCAAGCUGGAGCUGAGUGAUAAUAGGAUUUCUGGUGGCCUUGAAGUUCUAGCAGAGAAAACUCCCAACCUGACACACUUGAAUCUGAGCGGCAACAAGAUCAAAGACAUCAACACCCUGGAGCCCUUGAAAAAGUUGCCAAACCUCCACAGCCUGGACCUGUUCAACUGCGAGGUGACGAUGCUCAUCAACUACCGGGAGAGCGUGUUCGCCCUGCUGCCCCAGCUCACCUACCUGGAUGGCUUCGAUGCUGACGAGCAGGAGGCCCCAGACUCAGACCCUGAAGCAGAUGGGGAUGCCCUGGAGGACGAGUAUGAGAAYGGGGAAGAAGGUGAGGAAGAGGAAGAUGACGAGGAGGAAGAUGAUUUGGAUGAAGAAGUCAUCGAUGAUGAGGAGGAUGAAGACGACGAUCUGGAAGGGGAAGAGGAGGAGGAUGGAGUAGAUGACGAGGAGGAAGAUGAGGAGGAAGAUGGCGAGGARGAUGAAGAAGAUGAAGCUGAAGAGGAGCACCCGUGUGGGGAGAAGAGAAAACGAAGUCUAGAGGAUGAAGGAGAGGAAGAUGCAGAGGAUGAAGAGGACGAUGAGGAUGACUGACCCCAGCGAGCCGCUCAGUUUUACAGACUCUGACUGUGCUUGUCUUAACCUCCCCGUUGUGUCUGUGUGAGACUGUAAAUCCCUGUCUCCCACUCCUCCUCCUCCUCCUCCUCCUCCUCCCCCUUUGUAUGGCUGCAGCGUCCACAAUAUAUUUUUUUAAGAUUUAGAAUAC